UUUUAUGAGCGUUCUUUUACGUGAUAUUAUUAUAAACUCUUGAAGUACCUUUUCUUCGGCAGUAUUUCAUUGUUUGAUCUGCAAACCAAGGCAAUGGAGGCCUAGAAAUGAGAUAUUUUUGGAACUUCAUCAGGGGAUCAAAUUUUAAACGUCUAACCGCCUUUUUAUAAAGAUUUUAUACCUCAAUCCACACGGAAGACUAAUUUAUACUAUACGUUACGCUUUUUGAAUGAAGUAAGAUUAAGUCACGAAGAUGAGUUUUACUUCUAAAAAACCCUUGAUCAAGCAAGGCUCGAUGUUCGACAGCGAAAGCAAACAGAAACGACCUGGUCUGUCAACGAAAAGAGUGUCAUUUGGCUCAACUUUACUCUCUGACUCUGACGAAGAGAACUCACUUGGUAGAGAGAAUAGAAGAACUGCGAAGAAGAAGGACGACGACGAUUUAUUGAACCUAUUUAAAAACGAGUUGUCCGACAGUGAUGAAGAUGAAUUGGUUAUAGGAACCAAGGAGAAAGAUAAACCAAGGCCAAAACCAAGACAAAAAUCUGAAAGCAAAACAAUAAAAGAUGAUUUUAAAGAUGAUCUUCUUCAAGCAAAACAAACACAACAUUUAACUGAUGACCUAGAGCAGACAAUCAAUCCUAAGAGAAAACCUCGACCACCACCAAGAAAAAGAACUGGCGACAGCCAAUCGGAGGAAUUUGAAGCUGAAAGCUAUGAAAUUACAAAUCCUAAAGCUCAUCCAAGACACUCCAUGCCAAAGGAACAAUCUUUAUCUGCUACAAGGAAGUCUGAAAUUGAAGUUCACAGUCCACAAAAAGAAUACAAAUCUAGAAUAAGUAUUGAUGAUAGCGAUGAUGAUGAUAUAGUUGUCACUAGUAAUAAAAAAUCUUGUGAAAAAGUCAACAAAAAUAGCAAAAUUCAAAUUCAAGUUAGCAAACCAAAGGAAGAUGAAGUAGAAACUCCAAUAGAAGAGAAUGUCUUAAGUUCUUCAUACAAGCAUCAACAAAUAAUUGAUAGCAAAGGUGCAAUGAAUGAAAAGAAAAGUAGUAAAUCUAAAAAUAAAUCUCUAAUGUCAAAGGUGGACUCUAAAUCAUCUGAAGAUGAGGAAGAUCUGCAUAUAGGAAAGUACAAUCUAAUGAGCAAUAAGGGAAGAAAAGAAUUGUCUGAAGACAGCUUCCAAGACAAAAGACGGAAAAAUGAAAGUAGAUCUAUGCAGUCAAAACUUUCAGAAUUUGAAAAUAAAGAUGAUUUUGAUAGCAAAAGAAGAGAGAAAGAACAGCAUAAAAAAGUGAUAUAUGAUAGUGAUGAUAAUGAUGCUGAUGGGAAAAGAAUAAGAAAAUAUGAGCCAAACAUUGAGAAACACUCUGGUCAGUUAAGAUCUUCGGAAUUCAAAAAUAAAGAGACCAUUAGCAAGCAAAGACAAAAGGAUGAAGCUUUGGCAACUCCAAAAAUACUUAUUGAUGAUAGCGAUGACAAUGAUGUUGGUGUUAGAAGAACUAAGGGAAAGAAUGAAAGCCACUUUGUUGAGAAUAAAUUUGGUAGCAAAAAGAGCCACAAUGGUAAGGCCUACACAAUGUCAAAGAUGUUACAAGAUGAUAGUGAUGAUGAGAACAUUAGGUCAAUUAGUGAAAAAGACUCAGCUCAGUCAAAAUUGUUGGCAUCUGACAAUGAGGAUAUGUUUAGAAGAAAGAAGCAAAAAGAUAAAUCCCAAGCUGCUUCAAAACUGUUGUUAGAUGAUAGCGAUGAUGAAAGUGAUGCACACAUACAAAAACAUAAAGUCCGAAAUCAAAAAUUGUCAAAGGAUAAAAAUGAGAUCAAGGAUGAAAGUGGUAAAUACAAGGAUAGUGUACAAGUACCUCAACCAAGAAAACGCAACAAAAAUACUGCCAAAACAAUUGAUUCUAGGAAGACCAUUAUCAAUGACAGUGAUGAUGACAGUGAUGAAGGAAAAGAAGACUCUUUAAGUGCAACAAAGUCAAGAAUAAAAAGAGAUAACAAUGCUAAAAAUCCUCCUAGAUCAGUCUUGCAAUCAAAGCUUCAUUAUCUUGAUGAUGACGAUGAUGAUGAUGACAAUGAUGAUACAAGUAAAGAUUUUCAAGUGAAAUCUCACCAAAAGACAAAUGCUAAGACAAAAACAGAUGAUAAACUUCAGUCUAAGAAAGUAGCUGGUUGGUCAUCUUUAGAUGACAGUGAAGACGAUGAUGAAGCAGUUGGUAAAAGAAUAACUUUACAGAAAACAGUAUCCUCCACUGCAAAAAAGCAGGACUCCCAAAUAACCAAAGAAAGCACCCCAAAGCCAUCACCAAGGGCUUCCCCAAAGCCAAAACCUCGUCACAAAGAUAGAAACAUGAAAACCAACAGAAAAGAGGAAGAAAUUGUUAUAGAAAAAGACUCUAAACCUAAUAGAUAUGAUGCCAAUCAAAAUUUAUUCAGAGAUAAUAAAGAUAACAGGGAAAGACAAUCAAAUCGUGGGAGGGUCACACCUCAGCGACCAAGCAGUAGUCAAAUGCGAGGAAAGAAUGGCUGGUCUCGACAUGAAGAGGAUAUCACUGAUAUGUUUGAGGAACAUAUCCCUGAUACAAGUGAUGUAGUUGGUACAGUGCCAGAUAUGGAAAGAACUCAGAAAUAUACUAGAGAUCACAGAAGACCUCAGUCAGCUGUCACACCCAAAAAAGGACCAAUGAAAGCCGACCUUAGAAUAGAAGAAAUGACAAAAUCACCACAACUUAGGCAGACCAUGAAUCCCUAUCAUGACAAUGAAGACCAAGACUGGAGGUUUGGAUCUCAACGCUCUUUAGGAAAACAGAAGUCCUCUUCCCUGACAAAUCUCCAUCAAACUGGUCACACAUAUUACACUGGUUAUGACAGCGAUGAUGAUGGAAGAAGAAACAGUCUGGACACUCAGAGUAUCAGGCAAACUGUAUACGAUAACUGGUUGUCCAGGAAAAAUGUCACUAUCAAAAAGGAGUUGUCUAAAAAGGCUUUGCAGAAGCAAAAGGAAGAGGAAUUGGCAAGAGAACAAAAAGAAAAGAAGAGGAGUGCUAAGCUUGCCUUUAAGUCAUGGAGCGAGAGUAAGAAUGAAACAUUGAAAGAACAGCAAGCAAAGCGAAGGGCUGAGAAGAAACAAGAAAAAGAAAAAGACCUUGAGAAAGAACUCAAGAAAAGAGAUGCCACAAAGUACUUUGAGUCAUGGAAGAGUAAAAAGGAUGAGAUCAUCAAGGGAACCCACAAAGAAAAGAAGAAAGAAAUAAUGGAAAAGAAGAAGAAAGAAGAGGAAGAGAAGAUGGAAAAGACAAUUUCUUCCAAGAAAUCUUUUGAAAACUGGAAAUCUAAAAAAGAUGAUAUACUAAAACAACAACACAAAGAGAAGAAAAAGCAAGAAAAGCUGGAAGGAACCAAAAAACAGGAUGAAGAAUAUGAAAAAACAAUAAAAAAUGCUGAUGAAUUUCAAAAAUGGGUAGAAAAUAAAGGCAAACCUCGGAAAAAACCUCCAUCACCGACAUUAACUCAGAGGGCUUGGGUCCCAGGAAGCAGACAUACAGGGGACUGCAUACCAUCCAAAGUCCAGCCAGUGGUUCUACCUCCUUCGUCAAACAGAGCACGGACUUUGUCUGGUACAUUCAGGGUUACAAAAAAGUAUUAUGACUACUGAAAGACUGACAUUUAUCGGAGCAGCCAUGGAAAAUGUAGAGCCUGUUUUGCAAGGACAAAGAGGGUCCAACAGCUUGUCCUUUUAACACUAUGAUUGAGAAUUUAAGAACUAAAAUGCAUGGAAUAGUCAUGAAAUGUCAUCUACAAGUUACAGCCACCUUGUUGUAACCACCAAGUUUUCAGGUCUAGUCCUGACUAAACCCCCAUACUUUUCUACCCCAAGUUAAUUCAGACAUCUGUUAAUAUGGCUACUUUUUGGUGUCAAUUUGAUGGCCAGCUUAAUGAGGCGUUUACAAGCGGUAAAUAAUGUGGUUAUCUGAGUUGAACAAUGAGUUAAUUAUAUAAGAGCGGAUAUUUUAAAGAAGUUUUUCUUUAGAGAAACAAACAUUACAAGAGUGAAAUAAUCAUUGUUUUUAUUAAUCAUUUUCAAAUAUCAAUAAAUCAAGCUUAUAAAAAUACUUAUCUCAAUGGAUUGAAAGGAAACAAUUUUCAAUGAGCUACAUGAUAGUUAAGUCACUAAUUUUAUAAUUUCCAACAAAUGUUUGUACAUUUAUAUAUUAUAUCUACACUGGAACAUAUAUUAACUAAUAAAAUUUUCUUUACUUUGAACUAA